AUGGCCGACACAAAAAAGUCCAAAUUCAGUCUGCCACCAUUAAUCGCCAAAGUCCAGUCUCUACUCCCUCGGAAACAAGAUGACUCGCCCAUGUUCAACCAUCCAUUCGAUACGAACUCAUGUCCACAUCACCGGAUAGCACGAAAAAUCUAUGGCGCCUCUCUCCUCGCUCUCUUCAUCACAGCCAUACUCGUCAUGACGCUCAAGGCAAUCACAUACAGUUUCGUUGAAGACAACCGCAUGACCGGCUUCCUAUUCGACCCAGACACCACCAGCAGCACGAACGGAAACAUCAUCAUGGCCGCCUUACCACGAAUGCUCCACACCCUACCAACCAAACUCGCCAUCAUCAUCGCAGCCAUCAGCCUCUCCCUCGCCACAGGCCACUUAGCCCUCGUAAUCAUCGACUGGAAGAGCGGGAAAAGGACUCAAUCGAAUGCCUUCCGCCGCAACACAAUGUUCAUCCACAUCGUCAACGCCAUCCUUGUCCUCUUCGCCCUCGUCGCAAUCUACACCACCCACACAAACUCCUCUACCUACCGCCCCACCUACAUUUCCGAACUCACCGCCAACUCUACCUCCACCACUCCAACCAUCGCCAGCCCAUCUGACCCCGUCUUCCGCUACGACCGCGGCACUUUCGACCUCGAAACCUGGGCUUGCUCACUCAAAAGCGUCGAAGGCGCGGGCAUGGUUCGCGAUGACUACGCUAAGCAGUGUUCGAUUGAGACGGCGGGACGGGCAGUUAUGGUGCCGUUUCUCAUUGCGGCAUGGAUUGUUGCGGGGGUCAGUGUGUGGGGGUUUGUAGGGGGUGGACGGAGGGGGCCGGAUGGGGAGAGGAUGAGUACGGAUGAGGUAGGGGUUGAGAUGGGGAAGAUGAAUGCAACGGAUGAGUAA